AUGAUCAAGAGGCGCUACUUCAGGCAAGACCACGGCGACAAUAGCGCCUCCUCGUCCUCCUCCUCUUCGGGUUCUGAUUCGGACCGCGACCCCGCGGAAGAAGAGGUCUCGGAGGAGGAAGUAGAAGGGGAGCAAGAAAAAGAAGAAGAAGAUGAUGAUGAAGAAGCGGAGGUGGAGUCGGGGGAAGAACAGGAAAAGGAAGUAGAUGAGCAGGCCGAAGAUGAGGGUGAGCUGUUCUUUGUUACCACUAUCUAUAUUAUUGGUGCCAUUUACAUGCGCUGUUCAGGUUCAGGAUACCAAAGUGAGGACAGCUCUGGACAUCAUGUUGAUAGUCCUUGUGCAGGUUUACUUUCAGAUGAGAACAGCAGUCUGGUGUAUGAACAAUACCAAGCAAUCAGGUUGCCUGCUAAGAAAGCAUCAAGUGGUGAUGCUGAUUCUGCCGAAGGUGCUGUUAACAAGGAUGACACUGUUGAGGUCGAUUUCAAUAACUACAUUCUGAAGUGCAAAUCUGUGUAUAAGUGCAAGCUUUGUCCCAGAAUCAUGUGCUUAAGUGAGGAGAUGGUCAGGGUACAUCUUGAAUCAAAGAGACAUGCUCGAUCAAAGAAACUACUGGGAGAAGGUAGGCUUAAGAUGGUGCUCAACAGUGAUGGUGAGCUGGAGGAAGAGGCAGAGACACAUGCUGAACGACAUGCCCGAACUAUAGCUCUUGCUCAGCAAGUACAAAAGCCCAAGAAGGAUUCAGGCAGGCAGCGACAAAAUCGGAGAAGACAGAAGAGGUCGCAGAAUCGUCUCAAGGACAAAGAUCAGAGACACAGCUCUGGAAAGGAAGGUGCAAGGCCGAACAAUGGAACUGCUGAUAAGAAAAUGCCGAAUGUUGAAACUGCUGCUAAGAAAAUGCCGAAUCUUGAAACUGCUGCUAAGAAAAGGCGCAAGACUGAAAAAUAA